AUCUAUUAAGACUGCUCCUGUUAUCAUUUGCGGAGCAAACAGCAGUAUUUAAAUGAGGAUUUAGCGGCGCUGUUGCUUCGUCAUGGAGGGAUCCGGAGAGCCAGGUGGACGAAAACGUAAAAUGAAGUUCGAGCCAACUGAAGUCGAAAUAUUAGUGGAGGAGGCAAACAAAAAUCUAGCUGAGCUAGAGGGGAAGAAUUUAAAUAUCACCAGAAGGGCUGCAAUAUGGGAGGACAUCUGCAAAAAGGUAAAUGCAGUGGGACAAACAAAAAGAACUGCGGAUGAAGUGAAGAGGAGGUGGCACGAUCUGAGGAGGAGAACUAAAGAAAAAAUAGCCCAUAAUAAAAGAUCGGCAAAUAAGACCGGCGGGGGCCCAUCAGAAGAGAUUCCCCUGACCAAUGUUGAAGAGCAGGUUCAGCUCACCUUCUGCGAAGAGCAGAUAACAGGUGUGUCGGGGUAUGAUACGCUGGAGCAAGAUGCAGAGCAAGAUUUCGUUCCAGGGGUUCAGUCGCCACCUCAUUCUUCCCAUCAAGCCCAGGCAAGACCACCAGCAGCAGAGCCUCGAAAACAUUCUGAGGACAUGGAUGAAGAGCUGCUGCUGCAGCUAAAUAAACAGUCUGCAGUCCUUAAAGAUGGACUCUCAGCUGUUGCGCAAGAGGUGCGCGCAGUGUCUGGCGUGGCACGUUCGCUGCGGCGAGACACUCGUGCAAUUGCUGUACACACCCGGCAGCUGGUCAGUGCUGUGUCAGGGCUGACAACGGCCAUUAACUCUCUGACAAGAGUCGUGGACGAGGGGCUGCAAGAGCUGUCAGUUCCAGCGGCUCCAGAAUGCAGCAGCCAGAGCCCGGUCAGGGGACAGAGAGAACAAUUGAGACGCAGGCUGGAGGUGCGGUGCGCACUGUGCGUAAUCUGCGCAGGAGAAAAAUUGUAA